AUGUUAAACUUCACUGGUCAAACGAGGAGAAGGAAUGUCAAUUUAGGAAAUAGAACUCGAAAUACAAAAAAGGAUUUACUGGAAAAGACUAAAAGGGAGCGAGAAAGAAGAGCCCAAGAUAAACUUAAAGAGGACGCAAGUAGAACUAUUCAAAAGUAUGUUAGAAGACAUUUUGCAAACGUGAGAUUUUUCAAGACAGCUUUUACGAAUGUGCAACUAGUUCAUAUGAUACCAGCUUACGGGGGCAAAUUGAUCAAUUAUAUUUCCCGAGAUGAUCUGCAACAAUUACUGAUCCUAUCUCAUGAUUUCUUGUCCACCUACCCUAGCCCUUUGGGUAAUUCACAGCUAUUGAGUUUGUUAAAGCUAUAUCAAGAUGAUACACUAGUGAUGCAAACUAUAAGCGAUUUAAACAUGAACUACCCAACCAUUGACGAGUUUUUAGACAGUGUAUCGACCUUUUUGCGCCAAACUUCCGUAUYAAGUUAUUCUGUGACUUUAAAGCUAGCAGAUAUUAUAGAGAUGUGGGGAGUAAUGGACACAAAUGCUUCGCUAAAUAUUUUUUCAAUACCAAUAGGACGCUAUGAAGAGCAACCAUUUGCAUUAGAUUUCUACUGCCUUCUCGCAGAAAGAAAUCUUCUGCCCAAAUAUAUCGACUCAGACCCGACAUUAUGGGAUAACAUGGCGAAGGCAUAUUCACAUUCCAGGGAAACCGGUCAAAAAAAUAUUGCAAAACUGCUCAUCCCUAAUUUCAGUCACUAUGUUUCUUCAUCAAUCUUGCCUAAUGACAACGACUACGUAUUAAAGUUUUAUGAAAAGGCAUUUAUAGAUGAAGUGAUAACUGCUACAAAAGACUAUGUUUCCGACGAAGGCCACGUUAGAAACCUAAUGCGUUAUAUUGCAAGUUCUCCCAAUCAAAGUUGUAAGAACUCCGUUCUGAUCACUUUACUUUCAAAUAAGAACUUUGUCAGAAGACUCUCGUGGGAAUUCUUUCACACCAAGUUCAGUGCUACCAAAACGGAAGCUAAUCCGCUCUUUUCAGUUUUAGCACAAUUAAUCGACAUGCACCUUUUGAUAUCGACUGAUCGGGAAUUAUUGGAUCAUGAGUCAGUAAUACCUAUUGAAGAGUUGAAAAAAUUCACAUCUAUUUUGAAGGAUUUUUCCUUUCGACAAUAUUGGGAAUUACUUGAAACGGAAAGAAACCUCAUGUUGAGGGAGGCAGUACCCCUUUUAAACAAAAUAUACGAAAGAGACUCUAGGUUGCACUUUUUAUCCACAGAAGAUAGUUCAGCUUAUUGGGAAAACUCUGACAAACAGUUUUUGAAUUUGAGAUUUUAUGAAGAACUGCAAGAGUACGAAGAUUUGUAUAGAGAACGUUUAGAACAAGAGGAGGAGGAGGAGGAGAACAUGGAAAAGGACUUGGAUUUUGGGACUGAAAGGCGCUCGUUCAAGUCUUUACUAUUGAAUAAAAUGAAAAAGAGGCUCAAGUCGUCAUUACGUUUUCGGAAAUUGGAAAUCCUUUUAGAUUUACCGUUCUUUAUUCCUUUUGAAGAAAGAGUGGACUUGUUUUACAUGUUCAUUGCACUUGACAAAAGACGAUUAUCUUUAGAUGAUGAUCACAGCCUAAUGAAUACGUUUGCACCUUGGGCUUCGACUGGUAUGAGAAAACAGUCUGCUAUUAUUUCCAGAGAAAAUGUUUUAGAUGAUGCCUUUAACGCGUUUAACUCUAUAGGAGAAAGGUUCAAAGCAUCAUUAGAUGUUACAUUUGUCAAUGAAUUUGGCGAAGAGGCUGGUAUUGAUGGUGGUGGUAUCACUAAAGAAUUUUUGACUAAUGUAACUGAAGAAGGGUUUAAAGAUUCAAAGCACGAAUUAUUUCAAACAAACGAUCAUUAUGACUUGUAUCCUUCCGUCGUAUAUGACGCUUCGAAACUAAAAUAUAUAUGGUUCCUCGGAAAGAUUGUAGGCAAGUGUCUAUAUGAACAUGUUUUGAUAGAUGUGUCUUUUAGUGAUUUCUUCUUAAAGAAAUUGCUGAACUACUCGAACGGAUUCUUAUCUUCCUUUUCAGAUCUCGGAAGUUAUGAUUCAGUACUGUACAGUAAUUUGGUCAAAUUAUUGAAUAUGUCCGCAGAAGAAAUCAAAUCUUUGGAUUUAACGUUUGAAAUCGAUGAGCCCAACAGCCCUGCGAAAGUGGUUGAUCUGAUUCCGAAUGGUUCGAAAACAUAUGUUACGAAAGACAAUGUUUUAUUGUACAUUACUAAAGUAACAGACUACAAAUUAAAUAGGAGAUGUUUCAAACCUGUUUCAGCGUUUCACGGAGGAUUAAGUGUAAUUAUUGCUCCACACUGGAUGGAAAUGUUUAAUUCUAUAGAAUUACAAAUGUUGAUAUCAGGUGAAAGAGACAAUAUUGAUUUAGGUGACUUAAAAGCUAACACGGAAUACGGGGGCUAUACGGAGGACGAUCAGACAAUUGUGGACUUUUGGGAGGUUUUGAAUACGUUCAAGUUUGAAGAGAAACUGAGCUUCUUAAAAUUUGUCACAUCCGUUCCUCAGGCUCCGUUACAGGGAUUCAAGGCAUUGGAUCCAAAAUUCGGUAUAAGAAAUGCUGGGACAGAAAAAUUUAGGCUUCCUACAGCGUCAACUUGCGUUAAUUUGUUGAAGCUUCCAGAUUACAGAAAUAAAAAAGUUUUGAAAGAAAAGUUAUUGUACGCAAUAAAUUCGGGAGCUAGGUUCGAUUUAUCAUAA